AUGUCGCUUCAUCCUCAUUUGCACCUACUCGUACCUUCGAACGACCCAGCGGUACUCGUCGAAGCGCGAAUCUACCUUCCUAUCGACCCAUCAGACUCCAAGCUCCCAUCCGUGAUCUCGACCUCGGUUGCUGCACGUCAGCCUUCUAUUCUCCGGUAUACGCACCUUCCAGACGAGAUCGUGCAAUCGCUCAAGCGCUUCAACGUUCGGCGAGUCAUCGCGGUUGGUCAUCCAUGGGGUCGGCUCGGCGGAGACAUGCUGGAUCCGGUCCUAUCUCGCCACCUCAUACAGUCUGUCUAUUCGCCAGAGGGCAUCGCGGCUUCGACAGGCGAUUCCAAAAAGCCCGCUCUACCCACCGCUGUCGUGACCUACAAUGUCCGCGGAGUCGGCGCUUCUCAAGGCUAUACAGCCUGGGUCACACCGGGCAACGAUCCGGCAGAUUUUGCUGCUGUGGAACAGCGUACAAUCAAUCUCCUCUGUGGAGAUGCAGAAGUGGAAGUUCGACGACUGGGCUACUCCUGGGGCUGCAUAUCGGCCGUCCUCGCGCCCGUCCCGUCCCCCUCAGCCGAUGCAUCCCGCCUCCGAUCCAUCAUGCUCGUUUCCCCACCCCUCAGCUUUUUGCCCGCCGUCACCCUCUUCUCGGGAUCGUACGAUGCCGCCCUCCGCCGACUCCUCUCCAAGCCGCAAGCUCCGCCCCUCGGCGCGAAGCCCAUCAACGAGCUCGUAUCGGUCUGGACGAUCUACGGGGACCGCGAUCAGUUCGCCAGUAUAGCCAAGUAUACCAAAUGGGCGACGGGCCAUGGACUGAAGGUGAAGGAGGUGUUGGCGGACCAUUUCUGGCGUGGAGACGUCGAGGCGAAGGAACUGAGGGGAUGGUUCGCAGAGUGGCUGGGACAUGGCGUAGGAGGCUGA